AUGAAAAGCAACAGGGAGAGGUUAACUGAAUCUAAAAGUACUGUGCCUCAUGCAUAUGCUUCUACGGACUGUGACCUUGGAGCUGUCCUAAAAGUUAGACAAAAACUAGUUAAAGAUGACAUUAAAGUGUCAGUAAAUGAUUUUAUCAUCAAGGCAGUAGCAGUCACCCUUAAACAAAUGCCAGACGUCAAUGUAAGCUGGGAUGGAGAGGGUGCAAAGCAACUUCCCUAUAUUGACAUUUCAGUGGCUGUGGCAACAGACAAAGGUUUAAUUACGCCAAUCAUCAAAGAUGUAGCUGCUAAGGGUAUACAGGAAAUUGCUAACUCUGUAAAGGUUCUGUCAAAGAAAGCAAGAGAUGGAAAAUUGUUACCUGAAGAAUACCAAGGAGGAUCUUUCAGUAUUUCCAACUUGGGGAUGUUUGGCAUUGAUGAAUUUACUGCAGUGAUCAACCCCCCUCAGGCCUGCAUUUUAGCUGUUGGGAGAUUCCGACCUGUGCUGAAGCUCACUGAGGAUGAAGAGGGAAAUGCCAGGCUGCAGCAGCGCCAGCUCAUCACCGUCACAAUGUCCAGUGAUAGCCGAGUGGUCGAUGAUGAACUGGCCACCCGGUUCUUGGAAAGUUUCAAAGCAAACCUAGAGAAUCCUAUGCUACUCACUUAGUUCCCAGACAGUGAGAAGUUGGACUUUGGCUUAAUAAUAUAGUUGUUACAAAGAAACAUACACAAAAGGAAGACAGGCAUUGAAGAGUGAAGUGUAUGGAAUGCUUAUUUAUUUAAGAUGAAAGAAUUUGACCAGGUUGUCUUUAUUUUCAGUUGGGGUGUAAUGAUGUAGAAAUAUGAGAUAACAAACUGUAACUAAUGAAAGAACACUUGGUUAAGGCAGAUCCUAUUUUAACCUCUGGUGCUAAAAGGGGUGUUGAACUAGAUGUAAAUUAAAUUAUAUAUUUGGCUCAUUUGAGUAUUUUACAGUAUUUGAGACUAUAUAAUAGAUUUUAAAAUCAAAAAUGUUAGAAUUCUGGCAUAUAUUAAAAUUAGAAAUAGUCAUCAAAAGAAAGAUGCCCAUUAAUUUAGCAGUGAGACCUCACUUUUAUAAGCACUGCCCUAGACAUACUUGAAGAAUUUAAUGUGUACAGAAGUAUAUUCUGGAUAAUAGUGAAUAAAUAAGGAUUGCAUUGU